UGGAUGUGAGCGAGUGAACGAGUCAGACGAGGUACAUCUUUCGACGUGGAAAGUCCCUGGAAUCAGAAUGCUACGAUCAAGGCUAUUAUCAAGAAUGUCAACUGACGUGUCGACUGUUUCAUCGACUCUACUAACGUUACUGUUGAUAAUCCUGUCACCCAUAUAUGGAAAGGAUAUUGGAGAGGGAUGUAUAAUUGACAAUUCCAGUAACUCACCCAUGUCAGGUAUAUGCAAGCUCCUGCAAAAUUGUCCGUCAGUUUACGAAGAGCUAUUAGCAGGUAAAACACCCGACACGAGCUGCGGGUUUUUAGGCUUCGAACCAAUAGUCUGUUGUCCAAAGGAUACUGUUAUCACUACAAAAGGGACUACGAAAGGGACAACGUUGGAACCAAACACAAAUACCGAACGAAUAAAUACGCCGCAUCCUUGGAUAUUCGACAACACCAGAGGAUCAUUAGCGCGAGCAAAGGGUGCCAAAAACCGAUCCUAAGGACCUUCCUCCUUUUAGACCGAAAUUUAAAGUAUUUUUCGAGUUACAGCUUGAAAAUCAUACGUCGAGCAUUGAAUGCAGGCAUGAAAAUUGUCGAAAUUGCUUCUUUUAUUGCUGCAUGUGUCUUCAAUGAAGGAUAUAGUAGCAUAUUGAAGAUGAUAAAUAUGUUAGAUAUUAGAAUUGUGUUGCAAACUCAAAAUUUUGCCCACUCAUACGACGAAGAGGCGACGCUGGCCAUUUGAGAGGCAGCGGCGCCGCAGCUUAAGCAGCUUAAAAGAAGCUCGUAGAACAAACAGCGCAUAUAAUGGAAUUAACGGUCCAGGACGUGUUCUAUGAAGAAGCUGAAGGAUUAUUAUAUGGAUCUGGUAUCGCAGAUUAGCCUGUGACUGCUAUAAAUGAUACUUUUGUAUUCCGCAAACUUUAAACGCGAUUUUCUCAAAACAGUAUUUUCUGAGUUUGUGUACACGAUAGAGACAACUCUAAUAAACCGAUUGAACUGUU